AUGUCGAUGGGCAUGGAGAUUGUGGGGAUUGCCCUGGGCGUCAUAGGAUUCAUCCUGGGCAUCGUGGUCUGUGCUUUGCCCUUGUGGAAGGUGACGGCCUAUAUCGGAGCCAACAUUAUCACAUCCCAGACCAUAUGGGAGGGCCUGUGGUUGAACUGUGUGACCCAGAGUACGGGCCAGAUGCAGUGUAAGGUCUACGACUCCCUCCUGGCCUUGCCCCAGGACCUGCAGGCCGCCAGAGCCAUGACAAUCAUCGCAAUCAUCCUGGGGAUUCUAGGGGUGAUGGUCUCCAUCGUCGGAGCCAAGUGCACCAACUGCAUCAAUGAUGAACCCUCCAAAGCUAAAGUCAUGAUCAUCUCCCCGGAAUUUUGUUCAUCCUGGCCCGGGAUCCUAGUUCUCAUCCCUGUCUCCUGGUCGGCCAGCACCAUCAUCCAAGACUUCUACAACCCCCUUCUGAUCAACGCACAGAAGAGGGAGCUGGGGGCCUCUCUCUACAUUGGCUGGGGGGCUGCAGCCCUGCUACUGAUCGGAGGGGCUAUGCUGUGCAGCUCCUGCCCCCCCAGAGAGGAGAAGAGGUACAAGCCCCCCGGCAUGGCCUACUCCGCCCCUCACAGCGGGGGCACAGCGGGAUACGUCAGGAAGGACUACGUCUGA